UGGAUGGCUUCGGGGCCUGAGGAACGGUCAAUAAAUAAAAGAAGCUGAAUGGAUAUUUUAUUUAGAAAAUGCGGAAUUUAUGAUGUUUUUAAUGGACACAUCAAUUACGAAAAUAAAAUUUCAUCUAAAUUUUUUAAAAAUAUUUUUAUUUAAAAUUAAAUUAAAUUUAGAAAAAACUAAGUAUACGAGUUCGAGCGUGGAUGCACGCGUGAAUGAUUAGCCAAAAAAUAAUAAAUAAAUAACAAAAAAGACAAAGUGCGGCAGGGGUAAUUUGAGCUAUGUAUAUAAACACGAAAUGGGUAGAACGUAGGCACAAGCUAGCUAUACAUCUUAAUUAACGAUGUUGCCUGCAGUGUACACUACAGCCUUGGUGACUCUCUUGGUUCUCUCCGCUCCAGUCUCCUACUGCAAUGGGGAGAAGCUGAUGAAACUAGCCAUUUCCUGGCCGACCUCGCUGUGCAAUACCGGCACCAAGUGCAAGAACAGCCCGCCGAACCGGUUCAGCGUCCACGGCCUCUGGCCUCUGUUCAAGGGCACCUGCGGAGACAACAGCGUCGACUGGAACACAUUCCCAGAGGCCACCAAAACCAGGAUGACCACAGACUGGGGCAGCUACAGCACCAAGACGAACCAGCAGUUCUGGGACCACGAGUGGAGCUCCCACGGCAAGUGCUCCGGGCUGUCCGCCAGCGACUUCUUUCUACUGGGACUCAAUCUAUUUGACAAGGUGAAUCUGGGUGCGCGGCUGACCGCGCUGGGAAAGUUUCCCAAUGGCCAGACGGUGACCAAGGAAGAUAAUUUUCCGGGAACCAUUUCAAGUCUGGCGAACAACAAGCUGGUCAUCCUGCUGUGCAACAAAGACAAGGAGGGGAGCGUGGUGCAGCUGUACGAGAUCGAUAUCUGCUUCGACUAUGAUUCUGCAAACAAGGACUAUGCGGAUUGUCCGAAACCAAGCUCCACCUUGAAGUCUCUGUGCCCCGAAAGCUUCAGGCUGACGAAGGCCGCCAGUAUUGCGGCUGCUAUUGAGUCUGCCGUUCCUCUGCUUUUGCCUAGCCAAGCUGAGUGACGUAAAGGUGCAGCUUGGAUAUAUGAUGCACCAUAGCAUAUCAGCAUAUGUACUGUAUGCGUGCAUGUAAAUCAAUAAGACUUCCUUUGCUAAUAAAAUUGCAGUUACCCCUUGUUUUGUUA